AUGGAAGGAGCUAUGGAUAUCCUGCGCACAAACCUGAGCAAAGUGCGCAUCCCCAGCGGCUCAAACAAAGUGUACAAAGAGGAGUGCUGUGUUUCCUUCGAUACAACGACAUCUGAAGGGGGCCUGUAUGUGGACCUCAAUUCUUUCUUGGGGUUCGGGCGGGACUACGUGAAAUGGAAUUAUGAGAAGACAGGGGACCCGGUGUACCUUCACAUCAAAAAGACACGCAGACCGGACCCAGAGGAGGAGCAGCCACGCAAAAAACCAACCAUCGUCGCUAUUGGUGUUGAUGGGGGUUUUCCGGACAAGCAGGAGGAGUAUGAUGAAAGCCUGAGCAUCUGCAUCCUUCCCAAUUUCAUUGAGUUGCCAUAUCCCGAUGUCAACCUUCCAGAAAAGGUGCGCUCGGCGGUGGAGCAGGUGUUGGCUGCGCAGGGCGCGGAGCGGCGCGACCAGCUGGCGGCGUGGGCGGCGGACGCAAAGGUGGUGAGCAAGUACGCGGAGGGGCUGCAGCAGGCGGACAACGGGGUGCGCAUCGGGGCGACAGGCUGGCGCUGCCGCUUCUGCGACAAGACUGACAACCUGUGGCUCAAUCUCAGCGACGGCAGCAUCCUGUGCGGGCGCAAGAACUGGGACGGCACCGGGGGCAACAACCACGCGCUCGAGUACUACCAGCAGACCAAAUACCCGCUGGUCGUCAAGCUGGGGACCAUCACCGCCGACCUCACCCAAGCAGACGUGUACUCGUACCCCGAGGACGAUGCCGUGGAAGACCCGCUCCUGGCCAAGCACCUCCAGCACUUCGGCAUCGACUUCUCUGCGCUCCAAAAGACGGAGAGCACGACGGCGGAGCUGGAGCUGGACCAGAACCUCAACUUCGACUUCACGCGCCUGCAAGAGAAGGGGAAGCAGCUGGAGCCCCUCUUUGGGCCGGGCUACACGGGGCUCGCCAACCUGGGGAACAGUUGUUACCUUGCGUCCGUGGUUCAGGCGCUUCUGACAACCAAGGACUUCCAAACGAGGUACUUCAACGAUGCGGACCUCGAGACUGCCUUCAAGCAGGCGCCCAGCGACCCCACCCUCGACUUCAACUUUCAAAUGACCAAGCUCGCCCACGGCGUCCUGUCGGGGGCCUACUCGCUGCCGUCCACCGAUUGCGACACCACGCCAGGCACGGAAACCUCCACGCCGGGGCAGGAGGGCAUAGCGCCGCGCAUGUUCAAGGCGCUGGUGGGGCAGGGCCACCCCGAGUUCAGCAGUGCGCGCCAGCAGGACGCCUUUGAGUUCUAUCAGCACCUGCUGGACCUCGUCGAGAAAAGCAGCCGAGGCGCGCCACAGGGGGACCCUGCGCGUGCGUUCCGCUUCCAGGUGCAGGAGCGCAUCGUGUGCGGGGCGUCGGGGCGGGUGCGGCGCACGGCGCGCAGCGACAACGUGCUGAGCCUGCAGGUCCCGCUGGACAAGGCCAUCAACGCCGACGAGGUGGCCGCGUACCAGCAGCGCAAGGCCGCCACAGAGGCCGCGGGGGAGAAGCUAGCUGCCGAUGACGUCGUCCGGCCGCGCGUCCCCCUCUCUGCCUGCCUGGAGGCCUUUGCGGCGCCCGAGACGAUCCAGGACUUCUACAGCUCGGCGAUCCGGGGCAAGACGCACGCGAGCAAGAGCGCGGCGCUGGGCACGUUCCCGCCGCUGCUGGUGCUGCACAUGCGCAAGUUCGUGCUGGACGCCGGCUGGGUGCCGCGCAAGCUGGACGUCUUCGUGGACGUGCCCGACAGCCUGGACCUCGCCCCGCUGCGCGCCGCCGCCCCCGCACCCGACGAACAAGAGCUGCCCGACGACGACGACGCGCCAGGGUCCGCCCCCGCCGGCCCGGUGCCCGACCCCGGCAUCGUGUCCGCGCUGGAGGACAUGGGCUUCCCGCGGGUGCGCUGCGAGAAGGCGGCGCUCAACACGCAGAACGCGGGGCCGGAGGAAGCCAUGAACUGGCUGCUCGCGCACAUGGACGAUCCAGAUAUCGACAGUCCGCUGCCCGCGCCCGGCGGACGGCCCGCGGUGCUCGUGGACGAGGCCGCCGUGGAGACGCUGACCGCCAUCGGCUUCUCAGCAGCCGCCGCGCGGAGAGCGCUGCAAGAGACGGGCGGCAACGUGGAGGCUGCUGCGGAGUGGGUGUUUGCGCACCCCGAGGCGGGCGACGCCAUGGACGUCCAAGAGGCGGCCGGGCCCGCCACAGCCGGAGGGGCUGCAGCAGGGAGCCCGCUGUCCAAGGACGACUUCCUCGACGGACCCCCAAAGUACAAUCUGCUCGCGUUCGUAAGUCACAUGGGAUCGUCGACCCACGCCGGCCAUUAUGUCGCUCACAUCAAAAAGGACGGCCGAUGGGUGUUGUUCAACGACAGCAAGGUGGCAGCAUCCGGAGACCCGCCCAAGGACAUGGGCUACCUGUAUUUCUAUCAACGAGAGGAUUGA